AUGGAGGAUGUGAUAGUGAAACAGCGUCUUCUUGGGAAGGGAACUUAUGGAAAAGUCUACAUGGCCGUCUUCAGAGACGGUGGUCUCCUGCUAGCUGUCAAAUCUUCAGCUUUUACCCGUUCUUCUUUCGUUCUAAGAGAGAAAGACAUCCUCCUCUCUCUGAGUAAUUGCCCUGACGUUGUUCAGUGCUUCGGUGGUUAUGCAAGCAUAGAAGUCGAUGGAUAUUUAGUUUAUAAUCUACUUCUUGAGUACGCACCCGGAGGAAGUCUGAAGACUUUGAUGAAGAGGCGCGGAGGUAAAUUAUCGGAACCUGAAGUUCGGCAUUACGCCAGGAUGAUAGUCAGAGGGCUUUGCCACAUGCACGAGAGAGGAUUGACUCACUGCGAUCUGAAGCCGGAUAAUGUACUUGUUUUUCCCGGCAAAGAUGGUGGGAAUGUUGUUAAGAUUGCUGAUUUUGGAAUGGCUAGAAGGGAUGGAGAACAGGAAGUGCUUGAGGUCCGGUUCCGGGGCACCCCGGCUUACAUGUCGCCCGAGUCUUUGGCUUUCGAAGAGUAUGAGGCUCCAAUGGAUGUAUGGUCACUAGGGUGCACAGUGGUUGAGUUGGUGACCGGACAACGCCCCUGGAAUAGGUGUAAGGGUGUGAAUGAGAUAGUGGAGCAUGUGGUAGUUAAGAGUGAAGUACCUAACAUACCAAAAUAUCUAUCCGAAAGUGGGAAGGAUUUCCUUGUAAGAUGUUUUGAGAGGGAUCCGAGGAGACGAUGGACGGCCGAGAAGCUGAUGAAUCACUCCUUUGUCGCCCCCAUCCCUACCCAGAUGGGUGCAUUCUAUUCCUUCAAUACUUCCAAAUAUUCCACUUCCUCCCGGAUGCUGUACGCCUUCGCCUGA